AUGACAACGAACGAAACAAGUUUAAGACAAUGUAUUGAAGAACUUUCUGCAAAGAAUACUGAUUAUAAAUUUCCCGAACAAGCAAUAAAUCAAGCUGAGUCAUUAAAAUCUUUGUCAAGUGAUUUAUAUACGGAUAACAUAAGAUUUAUUUAUGAACUAAUACAAAAUGCGGAUGAUGCCCAGGCGAGAAAUAUAUCUUUAACAAUUUUGGAAGAGAAAUAUUUCAUUAUCGCUCACAAUGGAAAAGCGUUUGACGAAAAAGACUUAAAAGGUAUAUGUGGUGUUAAUAAUGGAACAAAAAAGAAGGAUCUUGAUAAAACAGGAUAUAAAGGAUUAGGAUUCAAAGCGGUUUUUGGGAAAUCUGAUAAGGUUAUGAUUUAUUCUCAUGGAGAAUAUUUUCGAUUCGAUUCUUCUUAUCAAAUCAAAUGGAAUAAGGAAUGGGGAACUGAUGAUCAACAAACAUGGGAAAAAGAAAAUGAUCGACAGUUUAUUUAUCCAUGGCAAAUUAAUCCGGUGUGGACUAAUGAGAAUGAAAUUCCGAGUCUUAUUAGCAUUUUUUUAAACCAAAAGAAAAAACGAAUCCAUGUAGCCUAUGUCAUUUUAUUAAAUAAUAUUGGAGAAAUUAAUUCAGCUAUAAAUCAAUUAAAACAACAACCAGAUCUAUUUCUUUUCCUACGAAAUAUUUCUCAAAUUACAUUUUUAGCAGAAUCAUCAAAUUAUACUAUUUCGAUUGCUCGUGAUUUAAGUCAUGGUUUAAAACAAGUUUUUGUUAAUAACAAACCCGAUUCACAAUGGAUUAUCAAACGUUUUGAAUUAAAUAUUCCUGAUGACGUAGUAGAUAAAUUAUCGAAAGAUACAAAAGCACCAGAAAAACUACGGUUUAUCAAAAAAGCAGAAAUGUUUCUUGCUGCGAAAUAUAAAGCUCCAUCACCUAAUGAGCAUGGAGACAUGAUUAGUGGUGGUAUAGAAAAAUUACGUGAACAAGACUCAGUUCUAUUUUCUUAUUUGCCAACGAAAAUUUUUGGAUACAAAUUUCCCGUGUUAAUCAAUGCUAACUUUUUAACAAAUGUAAAUCGAGAACAAAUUCAUACGGAUUCUGUUUGGAAUCAAUGGCUAUUUGGUAGAAUCAGUGGUGAAAUCUUUCAAUGGAUAAAAGAAUUGGUUAACGAUAAUAAAUUUCGUUCUCAAGCUUAUCGACUGAUUCCAUCGGAAUUGCACUCAGAAAAUAAUAUUUUAACAAAACGGUUCAAUGAUUCAUUGGCGGAAAAUAUUAAACAUUGUAAUUUCAUUCGCAAUAGAAAAAAUCAAUUAUUAAGAGUUGAUCAAGUCAUUAUGGAUUCAACGUCAAUGUCCAAGCAAUCAUCAUUUAUUAAUGUCGAUUCAAUGCGUGAAUAUAUCAACAACAAUGAAAAGAAUCCCUGCCAAUACGGUGAUGAUCCAUUUAUUGAUUACGAUAUAAAUUUGAAUCAAAUAGGUGUGAAAACAUUUACUUGGGAUCAUUGUAUCGAUAUGUUUAAGUCAGAUAUAUUUAUCAAAACUCACUCAACUGAAGAAAAUAAACGAAUGAUUGAAUAUUUUUUUGCAAAGUAUCUCAAGAUCGAUACAGAUAAUGGCAUGAAUAUUGAUAUUCAACGAAUUCCAUUUCUAAUGGAUCAAAAUAAUCAUUUGCAACUAAUCAAAAAUAUUUAUUUUCCAACUGACACAAUUGGUGACAAUGGAACAAUCGAUUUUGAAUAUUUAUUUGUAAAUAAAAAAAUAGUCACUUGGUUAAGUGAAAAAGCGCAACACAGUAUAAAAAAAUGGUUGACAGAUAAGGGUGUCGAUGAACGAACCGAUUUAACAUAUCUACGUAAGACAAUUAUUCCGAAUGCGGCUUCUUAUAUUACACAAGAAAAUGCGAUAAAAACAAUAAAAAUGUUAUUUAUGUUGUUUCAAAAGAAUGUCAUUACGAAAAAGGAACUUGAUCAAUUAAGAAAAUUAAAAUUAUUAACCACACGUAAAACUUUAAUAUCAGCUGAACAAUGUUUUUUUUGUGAUCAAUACAAACCACGAUUACAACUUGAAGUAUAUUUAAAAGCAAAAGAAGAUGUAUUUCUAUCCUUCGACUACGUCACAAAUCAUAAUGAUAGAAAAGAAGACGAAGAUCUAACAGAAUGGCGACGAUUCUUUAUAAAAUUAGGCGUCCAGGAAGAAUUACAUCUGACCGUAUUUGAUCGAAAAUUAACAUCUUUUGAAGCAGAAGGAUAUGGAUUUAGUGGACAAUAUCUAUCAUCAAUUUCACCUGAUAGAAAGCAUAAAGUUGAUGCCUUUUUUGGAUUAACAACAAUCACAUUUAUGCAGCAUACACAAAAUAAUUAUGAGUUUGCAAAAUUCUUCUGGUCGGAUGUGAUGAAAAAUCUCAAUGCAAAUAUGUUAACACAAAAGAUAAAAGUUUAUUGGGGUCAUUCCAAUAGACGAGGUGCGACCGAAGGAACGCUAUUAGAUGAUGCUGAUUAUAUUAGUUGGUUUGUAAAGCAUAUUAAAUGUAUGCCAACCACAGUAAAAACAUGUGAAUUAUCAAAUAGUAUUUUCGUUGAUAACAAGGAAUUGAAAGAUCUGUGUGGUAAGUACAUGUGUUUCCCUUCAAUUUUACUACCGCAAGAAAAGACAAAUUGGCAUGGAAUCUUCGAUUUCAAAACGAAACUUUCAAUAGAUGAUUAUUUUGAUUUAUUGCAAAAGAUUCGUGACGACGAAAACUAUUUAAAAGAUAAUCUUGAUCGGGUACAAAUAAUAUAUUCUCAUAUAUUAAAAGAAAUAUAUUAUUGGUCAUCCGAUGAACGAAAAGCAGCGAAAGCACGAGCCAAAUCGCUAUAUCUCCUAACCGAAAAUGACCAAUGGAAAUUGACUAGUAAUUUAUACUUUUAUAUGGAAGGCCAUGGAACAAAUAAUAGUUUAAAUGAUGCAAUUCCUUGCCUCAAACUUGAUUAUAAAAACAGAAAUAAUUCACAUUUACCUCAAUUCUUGGAGUUAUUUAAUAUCAAACAACUUCGAGUGAAUGAUUUAAAACUUGCUGACAAAAAAUCUUCUCCGGCUGAACACUUUCGAAGAAAAUUAAUUGAAAUUUUGCCAUUUUUAAAAAAAUGGCUUACAAAUUUAUCUUUUCCGUCUGAUGUCAUUUCGUUAGUGGACAAAAAAGUUCAGCAAGAUUUUGACUUUAUAGAAUCGGAUUCUUUGGAAUUAUUUUACAACCAGAAUUUUGUUCACAAAACGAACGUAUAUUUUGACAAUGGACAUAAACAAUUAUAUGUAACACGGCCAUGGAAUAGUGAAACAACAUUUAUAGAUCUUCCUAAUAAAUUAUGUCAAUUAUUAAAUAUACAUGGAUUUGAACAUAAGCUUAGAUUUUUAUUAAAAGGAACAAUUGAAGAGAUCAAAAAACACUUUAUUGAAAAGUCGAUUAAAAUACCAACCAAUCAAGAUAUUGUUAUCUUAGAGCCAGUUGCAAGUUCUAAUGCUCUAAAACAACCAAAAUUGUCUGCAACAGCCACAUCCGAGCCAAAAAAAUCUGAUUCCUCAAUUAAAAAUCAAAAAACAAAUAGUAAUAAAUCUGAAAUUACUCCGGUGACUACUGAAGCAUUGGUCACUCGUUCAAACAAUCAAAAAACUAAGCAUGAUACUUCUAUAAUUAACUCAACACAACAUUGCCCAUCUAUUCUACAACAUAUUCCAUUCCCACUUUAUGUUCCAAGUCAAGUACCAAUCCAAUUUAUGAAUUCACCAAUAGAUCAGUACAAAAGAGCAGUAUCAUCCGUUUGGAUUUCAUCAGAGGACGAACAACUUGAUAAAAUUGAAUUAACAGAUCUAGCAUCAAAUUCAGUAUCUUUGGAAGAUCCAUUUAAUGGAACAGAAGAAUUUGAAGGUUCAUAUUUAAACACUGGGUAUAUUGGUGAACAAAUGGUAUACAACUAUUUGGUGAAUAAAUAUCGUUACCAUCCAAAUCCAGUAGCUAUCAAAUGGCUAAAUCAAACCGGAGAAAGUAAUUUACCCUACGAUAUUAUAUUAACCGAACCUGGGAAAACUCAUUACAUUGAAGUAAAAUCAACACGAACACAUACUCAACAUGCAUUUCCAUUAUCAAUUCAUCAAAUUGAAACUUUUCUACGGGAAAGAGAAAAUUAUUUCAUUUAUCGAGUUUACAUAGGCGAGAAAAAGCUUGUCAUCUUGGAUAAUAUUCGAUGGCGUUUAACACAAAAACAAUUGGCUUGUUUUCUAAAAAUUCUACCAAUAUCAUCAUAUCAAACUCCGUUAACAAGUAAUUAA